GAAAUCUACAAUGCCAUGAAUGAAGUUCUUUUCAAKAUACACAAUGUUGAUGUUGAAAGARCAGGUCUUAGUGACUACGGCAAGAAAGGAAACUACAUUCGUCGUCAGAUCGAUCGAUGGAGUAAGCAGUACCAUGCCAGUAAGACACGUGACAUUCCCGCAAUGAACCAGUUGAUACAGUGGUUAAGUGAUAAUGUUCCUGAAGCKGAUAAAACUACUGUAGUUCACGGAGAUUUCAGAUUGGAUAAUCUUAUAUUCCAUGAAACCAAGCCUGAAGUCACGGCCGUGUUAGACUGGGAGCUAUCCACMCUUGGAGAUCCUUUAUCUGACUUGGCYUACAACUGCCUYCCUAAUCAUCUUCCGUCUACAUUCCCUACUCUAAAAGGUUUCAACGAUAUUGACCCAGAACCCCUCGGGAUCCCAAAUGAUGUUCACUAUAUGGAAAUGUACUGCAAAAGAGCUGGAAUACCUUCCCUAACAAACUGGAACUUUUACAUGGCAUUCUCAUUCUUUAGAGUCGCUGCUAUCCUCCAAGGCGUUUACAAAAGAGCAUUAGAAGGUCAAGCAAGCGGUGAGAAUGCUAAAGCUGUAGGACUGCUUGCAGAAUUCAUGGUAUUAACUGGUUGGUCGUUCGCAUCAGGGGACGACAAGCCAUGUGGUUUUGAUAAGCCAUUGGGAGGAAAGAGAAUGUACAGUACCAGCAGUACAAAGCAAGUACCAUCGUUUCUUGCAACAUCUGUCUGUGAUCUUUCUCCUCGAGUGCAAGCUUUCCAUAAACAAGUCAAAGACUUCAUAAGGGUAAACAUUAGUCCGAUAGAGGAAGAACUUGAUAAAUACUACAUGUCAAAUGACCGAUGGACGCCACAUGCAAAGAUUGAAGAAUUAAAGGAUAACGCCAAACAAGCUGGACUGUGGAACUUCUUCAUUCCUAAAGAAGCAGAUGAAGAAGGUCAAUAUGGUCCUGGCCUGACUAACAUGGAGUAUUCGUUCCUGUGUGAAGAGAUGGGCAAGUGCUUGUAUGCUUCCGAGGUUUUUAACUGUUCGGCCCCAGACACCGGAAACAUGGAAGUAYUGAUUCGAUAUGGKACACAGGACCAGAAGGACCAAUGGUUAACGCCUCUACUUGAUGGUCAAAUACGAUCGUGCUUUGCUAUGACGGAGCCACAGGUGGCGUCUUCCGAUGCUACAAACAUUCAAUCAUCAAUACGAUUAGAUGGUGACCAGUAUGUUAUCAAUGGCAGGAAAUGGUGGAUAUCUGGUGCUCUUCAUCCAAAAUGCAAAGUCGCCAUCUUCAUGGGAAAGACUGAUCCUGAUGCACCAAAACACAAACAACAGGCCAUGAUUCUUGUUCCCAUGGAUACACCUGGAGUGUCAGUCAUUCGUCCUCUGUCAGUAUUUGGCUACGAAGACGCUCCAGCUGGUCAUGCUGAAAUACUGUUUGAGGAUGUGAGAGUUCCUAAAGAGAAUAUUUUACUUGGACCUGGACGAGGCUUUGAGAUUGCUCAGSGUCGACUAGGGCCAGGUCGCAUCCACCAUUGUAUGCGACUCAUUGGGCAAGCAGAACGUGCCUUGGAAUUGAUGGUUGAUAGGGUUAAAAACCGUGUCGCUUUUGGGAAGCCACUGGCUGCACAAGGUACCAUUCUAGCUGAUAUUGCAGCAUCGAGAAUUGAAAUUGAACAGUCAAGACUGCUGACUCUAAAGGCAGCUCAUCUUAUGGAUACUGUGGGAAACAAGGCAGCAGCUCCUGAGAUAGCGAUGAUCAAGGUGGCUGGUCCUCAGAUGGCACAAAAUGUUAUCGAUAGAGCAAUGCAGGCAUUUGGCGCCGCUGGACUGUCUUCAGAUCAACCAUUGGCGCAGUUCUUUUCUUGGGCCCGCGUUUUACGACUAGCGGAUGGUCCUGACGAGGUUCAUGCGCGAGCCGUAGCUCGUUUGGAGCUGAAAAAAUGAAGCACUAAUUCAUAGUAUUGAUCGUUUUCACCCAUUCCCAUUUGAUUCAAAAGAUAAAAGACCGGCGGCCAUGUUGGAGGAAUGAACAAUGGAUAUUAAUGAGAUAUCCUUUGUUUAAGUUCCUCCAAGAUGGCCGAUGUGACGUAACUUGUAAACGAAGAAUAUAUUUUUAUCAGUCGGUGUGUUCUUUACAAAUCAGUAGGGAUAGCAGAAGCUGGUCUUACUCAAUGUCAUUAUGACACAGGAAUACAAGACCAUGUUGGAUCUCAAUGUAUCCUUCUACAGAAAGAAAUUGAAUAAGCAUAAAAAUAAAGAUAAUAAUAGCUUGUUCAUGUAUCAUUGGAUGCAUGCUUCUCAAUUCCGAGGAGAUUAGAUUUGAAAAAGCAUUCUGCUAAUUUGUUGACGUCAAAGUGUGCAUAAAAUUCAUUAUACAAAAAUUACCUUGUGUUAAUUUCUUAUUUUUAUGUGCAAUAUAUCUACAAAUCUCUACAGUUUUGGGAGCAUUACUUAAGAGCACACGUAGUAAGAACAAAUUGAAAUUUUGUAAAAACAACACACUUUGGCGUCCCCAAAUUAGUAUAAUUAUUUUUUCAGCGUGAUUGUCCCGCGACAAUAACCACUUUGCUAUCGCGAAGUCGAAUUGUACGUGGAAACAGUCUUGCGAUUGUGAGGCGAAAGAAAAAAAAAACGUGAAGAUGCAGCUAAUUCGAAACACAGGUGAUAGUUGAGCGAUGAUCGCCGAGACAAUCGCGCUGCAAAAAAAAAACAAUUGUAAACGAGCCUUAAGAAUUGUGAAGCCUGCAUCCAAUGACACUUGGCCAAGCUAGUAUUAUUUUUACAUCAAAGUAAUAAAUUAGUCUAACAAGAAAUGAUGGCAAUGAUGUUUUACUUACAGUAUUUCUAGAUUUACAAGUAAAAAUAAAAUAUCUAUAGUUCAAAAGUGGUGAAUUAA